AAGGUUUAUGAGCGACUUGAAGCUAACCUUCAAGAUCCUGUUAUUUGUUUACCAGGACAAUUGAGCUCCACGCUUGUUCUGCUGCCUACGCUCUAUUGAACCCAGCGGUUUGUCAACGAGGCCAUGGCGCCGUUGACGUAUUCGUCCGGAUUCCCUCUGAGCCAGCACAAUGGAUCUGCUGCUACUACCCAAGCUCCAACUAGCCGCCUCCAUGAUGUGGAAAUAAUAGAAAUCGAUGAUGACGAUGAAGAGGAAGAGGAGGAAGACAGCCUAGAAGAUGAAUUGGAGGAUGAGGACGAGGAAGAGGAGGAUGAAGAAGAGGAUGAAGAAGAGGAUGAAGAAGAUGACGAGGACGGAGAAGAGGACGAAGAAAUGACUGGGACGGAUUCUAUGGAAGAGAGAAGUUCUGAUUUUGAAGAGAGUGAUCAAGAUGCCAUAACGAUUUCCUCCGGCCCAGCUUCCCCGGGCCUACUAACAACUUCCGAUAUACAACAAGUUCUCAACCCACUUCGAAACACAGCAGACCGCGUGACAAGCCAAAUCGAAGCCUUUGCCCAGAGCUUAAAUCAGUUCAAACAGCAUGCUCGCGGCGCGCGUCCAGGCGACCCAGAGACAUUUCGUGAAGCUUGCAGAUUGGUCCAGAAAUAUCAAAAGAUUGCGGAGACAGCCGCAAAGGAGAUUUCAAGGAACAAUAGCCUUCGAAAAGUAAAACAAUCAGCAAUUAAUCGAGGCACGGGAGCUAGUCAAGGCCCCAAUCGUGGGAAACUGGAUGAGCAACUCAGGCGUUGGGAGUUGGAAGCUGAAACUUGGGAGUUAUUUUUUCAUAUGCUCUCCAUUGACGACCCUGAGUCACGCACCCGAGCACAAAGAGCUCAACAAACUGUCUUACAAUCGCUCCAUCGAUACUCUUCCGACAAGGAUGUUUGGGAUAAGUUCCUCGAAGCGGACCGCUUUGCAUUAGAGAACGUCGUUGUAUUAAAAUGGCUAGAGAAAACAGCAAGAUCAUCGCCCCAAGAUAUCGAUGGGUUGAUUUCGGAAUUGGAAACCCAAGCUGAAAGAGGUCAGGGGCUGUGGGCCCAUGGCUGGCUCUACACGAAAGAAGCAAUCAAAGGCGCAAAACGACUACGAUCGUGGCCACAGCCGCUAGAGCCUGAUGAUCCAGGGCUGACGAUGUCACUGCUGAGUGUAGAGAAACAAGAACCCCUUGUCACUCAGUUGGAUCCUGAUGCUGUCACCCGGCAACAGCAUGGACUUCAGAAACAAGAUCAGUUCUAUGAGCAAGCGGCUUGGUUAACAUGUUGGAAGAUGCUGAGGCAGGGCCAAAGCUGGAAAAAGAUUCAAGAGUGGUCUCAUGAACGAUUAGAGAACUGGAGGGCGAUCAGUGUUUGCGGCACCCCUGCUGAGGAUGAAAAUAAUGCUGCAGAUUCUGGUCUCACUCGACUGAUGAGCUGCCGAUCCCAGGAGGCAUGGAGAAGCGCGUGCCUAGCCCUUGCUAACAAUCCUGUAACUAGCAACUUUGAGAAGGCUGUAUACGCGCUUAUCUGUGGUGAAGCUGAGCCAGCUUACGCUAUUUGCCAGGGUUGGGGUGACUACAUCUAUGUGUUUUUUAAUCGCUCAAUCCUCGCGCGGUACAGAGAAUUUUGCAAGCAAUUUCAUCGGAAAUUGAGCUUCUCUCCCACAACAGAUAUGGCUUUGUCCCUUGAUCCUCCAGCAUACGACAACAUUCUCACCUUUCUGGAUAAUGUUAGGCGGAACGACAGAACUGCCGUUGAGGCUAGGAACCCAUACCGUACUAUCCAAGCAGCCAUCCUGAGCAAAAAUUACAACUCAUUCUUUUUCCACCAAGCGAACGCUGUCUCAAAGGCUGCUAGUCUAUCCAACAAAGCAACUCUCGUUCCGAAAACUGUCAUUGCCAAUGUUGAUGAUGCUUCCCUGAUUGCAGCUCGAGAUGAGGAUGCUAUUCGUAUCAUCAGCCACUUGUUUCUCGUUUUACAAUCCCUUGGAUAUGUCCGUUCUGACUCACAUUUUGUUCAAACUGCAACAGUCAAUGUUAUUGGCUACAUCAACCUCCUCCGCAAAGCGGGCAAACUCGAGCUCAUCCCGCUCUAUGCGUCGCUACUUCCGGAGAAUACCGCACACAUGGUACUUGGAAACGUGUUGAUUGAUAUUGUUGAGCCUGAGGACCGGGAGAGGCAGGUAACGAUAAUGAGGAGGCUAAAUAUCAACCUUUCAGCCAUCAUCGAGUGCCAGUGGCAAUUAGUAACUUCCCAAGCCGAUGCAAAGGAAGAUAAAACGACUACUAUUCGAUUGAAGAGGAGUGUUAUUCAUCAAGCAAAGGGGCCAGGCAGAAUCGGGCCUAUAAAGAAGAAUCUCAUUGGCCGCCGCAUUUCGCACGAAGACGAAUAUCUGAUUCGCUGUUUGGAAUGGCAUCGCUAUGCGGAUGAUCAAUUGCCAAACAUCUGCCCGAGAGGUACACAUUUAUACAAAAGAUUUAUGGGUGCUGGGCGUCUUGCUGCAGCUCGCGAGCUUUUUAAUCGUGUUCGCGUCGACAUGGUCCCGGGCGACAUUACGGGAUUAGGCCACUCACCUUUUCAAAUUUUGGCAAAUGGCUCCGAAAAUGGAUUCGAUGAACCUACUAGCCCAAUGAAAUCAAGCCCGACGAAGAGCCCUCUGAAAUCAGGCAUCCCGAGACGACGCCCAUUAUCGAGCAAUCUCAGAGCAGAGCUAUAUCUGCAAUCGCAUACAAUGCGUGAUUUGGAAUGCCUCAUCGCGGCAUUCGAUGCUUUGGAGACGUGGGCCGGACAGAUGGAUCAAUAUGAACAUCUCUCUGAUAAGCAGCAAACAAAAGAGUUCCGGAAAACGUUACAGGCAACGAUAGACACGAUCACAGAACGUAUCGAACCCCUCUGCGGUGAUUGGCUAUCUUACCCAACAGAUGACCUGGAAGCAACCGAACUCGAAUUCAUAAAAUCAACAUAUCUGCCAGAAGUCAUCCUGGCAUACCACAGCGCACUUUUCUUCGCAGGCCACACGAUUGGGCGCGAGGUCCUCACUCAGUGCAUGAUGCUUUCCUCCGUCGUAGCCUCAUCGCCAUCGCUCACGAACAGUUUUAUUGCAUCUGGGCGUAUGUGCGAAUUGGUAGACGCACUGGCACUGUCGAGCAUUGCGAUGAUGAGUGCGAAGGAGUCGAAGUUGAAGAAGAAGCUGGAGGAUGGGGCGUCGCUUGAUAUCUGGAAGAUUAAACCGCAGCAGGAUGGGGAGUUAGUUUAGCCUAGUGCAAUGGGUAAGUACCCAAGAAGGCUGAGCUGGGAAGCUUAGGGACGGUCGAGACUCUCCGCAGCAAGCUGGGUUUUCCCGCAUAUGUGUUCUUCAUCUAGUGCUAGCGUCGGUUGGGUUGGUUUUGAUAUGGUUUUCAAUUUCGUCGGGUCCGGAAACAAGCUCUUAUAACGAACAGCUGUGCAUAUUCUACGCGUGAGAUGGGGGUCGUUGUACAUGUACGUACAAACAUUCUCACUCGACAGUUCCAAUGCAACCGUUUCAUAUAGUCGAUAUCUACAUGGACGCGUCCAUUCAUCCCUUUGAAAAGAAAAGAAAUUAUGUGCAUUUCGUACUGCGUCAUAAGUUUAGCCUAUACCCCUUAAUUACACUCCCCCAGUUACGGAAUAUGAAAUCAAAAUGUUCACAUCUCGAUCUAGACAAUCAAAAAAAAAAAAAAAAAAAAAAAAAUCCUCAGCCAAACCCACUCACUUCAUUCAUAUUUCUCCAUAAGCUUAUUCCCCAGCACCUUAGCCGGAAACUCCUCUUCCCCCAGCGCCGUUGUAUGCGCCCAUGGCUUCAAACCAUUCUCUUGCCGAAUGGUAGCCGCGAAGCAAUCUGCCCAUUUCAACCGGGGAAAAGCUGCAUUUGCAUUUUCGAUCGUAGAUGGAUGGACGAGGUCCUCGUAAGUGCCAGUGUUGUCUAUUUUUCGGAGAAUGUCAGUCAGGGGUGGGGAGUGUUGGGGGGGGGAGGUGGUUGAGUUUAGAAAAGUGCGGCGGUUUAAGCAAAGUCAUCCCGCAGAGAGAGAAACCAACCAACCCAAACCAAGCACCGAGAUAUAUAUAAAAGGGGGGAAAAUAAGAAAUGGUAGAUCCACGAUACCGAAAAUCGUCGCUAACUGCAGCAACUGUCCCACCGCCGUAAUCUUCCCAACCUCACAUAGAUCCUAAUGUCGAAUUAAUCGCCUCCGCCACACUACACUCUCCGCCUGCUCAGCCGGCGCCACAGCCAUCUCUCCUCCUCCCCUCCUCCCCGCUUCAUAUCCCUCAACACCUCCGUCGCCAGCAUCCCCCCAUAAAACUCAAAGCUCAACCUCGUCCUCCGCAAGUCCUCGUCCGUCGUCCCAAUAUCAUGCAGCCUGCAGGCCAAGAAAUACGUCUCGUCACUAAAUGACCAGCUGGGAAACCGAUGGCGCUUUAUGGCUAGGCCGAAGUGGUAGACGCGCCUGCUGUGGUUGUAGGUUGGGGUGGGGAGGUGCUCGGAGGCGUAUGCUUGGAUACGGCUGGCUAGAGGAGUCUUCGGGGGGUCGGGGUAUCGGAGAUGGAGAGGGGCGGGGCGGGAGUGGUGGGCGCGGGGUAUUCGGGAGUGCUAGUGAGGAGGGCGGGGACGGAGGCGGGGACGGCUGUGAAGCCGUGGGUUGUCACUGGAUCGUCGGACGGGUUGGACAUCUCUGUUUUGUUUACCUUUUGGGGGGCUUUUCGUGGUUUGAGGGGAGAAUUAAAUUACAUAACCUUGAGUGGGGGGAAAUGGAAAUUCAUUUAGACAAAUGAAGCUUUUCAUUAUCUUAUUAUUGUCUGCGUGAUGAGAUCAUUAUCAAAAUUUUACACUUGUGCGCGCCGACGUCAUCGCAUUUCGAGAGGAAGUCAUUUGCUCAUAAGAGAACUGGCGCUAGGAAAAUACGAUCGAUCAAUGACAAGACAUAUCUUGGGGUCUGAAUAAUCUCUCCAAGGCCUUUCUCCAAGGCCUUCCUAGACUGAUACAGAACUCUGUAAGGGUGCUGAUUAACUAGCUACGUUACUAGUGAUAAGACCAGGGAUUUUUAUAUCUAUAUCAGACUCCAACGUAUGAAAGCCGACGAGCGUCUUCCGGAAAUGAAUAGGAUACGAUUUACUACCCUGGCAAUAUUCGAAGCGCUCCCAGUUAUAGCAAUAUGUAAUAAUAUGAACAUAGGAGACCGUUUAAGACAAGAUGCGAUGGCGGCCGCUCGUCUUCCUAGGAUAGGUAGUCUGGCCCGCGGGCUAUCCUUUCUCAUGUCGAACAGGUGAAUGUCGGACUCCGGAAUACUUGUCAGUAUACAUACCAAUGGGCAAUGCAAUGGUUGUUAUCUUCCCACCACCCCCUCCCUCCCUUAAGAUCCAGCCAACACAUAUCUGGUGAUGGCAGGGGGUGCUCUGCUCUGUUACCUUGUGUAACCAUGAGCCAUCCGAUGGUGUAUCGAGUGCCUAUCCCGGCGGCAAACGGCAGGUAGUAUGGCAUGGGUUGGGCUCAACUCGGAGAUUCGAUGAGAUGGAACAUCUCCGGAUCAAGGCAGAAAGGUCUCCCUGAAGCCAAUAAAGAAAAGACAACGAUGAAUAUACCAAUUGGGAGAAGUUUGAAAGAUGGGCAAAUAUACCCAUUUUGUAAUUGUUGUCCAGUAAGAGCAAAUUUCAUCAAAGUAACUGCUGGUUUCCCAUGUGGCAUUCAAGUCUAGGCUUGCACUCGUCCCUCCUCUCCUUGCCAUCAAGAAUACCCCUUCACAAGCUCCAUUUACUGCAGAGAUAUCGUGCUUCUUCGCUCACCAUCCACCCACUGCCUACCAAGUAUUUCUGGGACAAGAUGGUACCCUCAGUAUCCCAUGUGAAGGCAUGGCGGAAAGACUCGAUCUCCACCAUUGUAUGGGCGCGCGUCUGAAUCCACGCAUGGGAGUGGUGCAACGACACGCAAACUCCUUUAUUAUCUCCGCUCGUGAAACGGUAAUUUUCCGUGGAUAAUAUAGC